UGCUCUCGCGAGAUCYGUUCCCGGAAGCGGCGCUGUGGGUCGGUGCGGUCUGAGGGGUUCGCUCGCCAUGGAGGCSUCGCGUCCGCUGCUGCUGCUCCUGCUGCUCCUGGGGCUCUGCGCCGCCCGCGCCGCGGCCGAUGGGGAUCAAACAGAUCCUGUGAGAUCUUCCACAGGCUCUAACKCACCCCAGUCACCUGGAACCAGUGACAGCCAGGAGCACGGUGGGACAGAGCAAAAGGGGACGCCCUCAAAGAACACAAUAGACCACCAAGAAAAAUCAAACAACGGCGACCCCAACACAGACACAAACAGUGGGACCAGUACAGGUGAGAAGCAGACACCAGACGACAAACAGAAGAAUGGAAGUUCUGUAAACGGCAAAACUGAUGACAAGGAGAACAAAAACGUCCCACAGAAUGACAACAGCCCAGGUGGCAGCGUGAGCACUGCUCAGGGCAGCAAAGAUGGAACUGAUGCGAGCAGCAAUGCAGGAGGUGGGGCACMAGGAGAUGGAGGCCAGAACAGCAACGGUGGUGACCAAAGCAACACAGGCAGUAGUGGCACUGGUGGUGGGGGCAGCACUGGCGAUGGCACUGGUGAUGGCACUGGUGGCAAAGACAACACUGUCAAUGGCGCUGAUGGCCAGGGCGGUACAGGCAGCAGCACUGGUGGCCAGGGCAACAAUGGCAACAACGCUGGUGGCCAGGGCAACAAUGGCAAUGGUGCUGGUGGCCAGGGCAACAAUGGCAAUGGCACUGAUGGCAAGGGCGACAAUGGCAAUGACACUGGUGGCCAGGGCAGCAAUGGCAAUGGCGCUGGUGGCCAGGGCAGUACAGACAGCAGCACUGAUGGCCAGACUGGCAACAACACCAAGGAGCAAAGCAACAGCCAGAGCAGUAGCAGCAACAAGAACAAACAGGAUGGCAGCGAGUCACAAAGCCUCCAGAAUGAGGGCACCAAAGAUGACAACAAGGAGAACAAGGCUGGCUCCGGCAAGAGCRGUGACAAGGACAAGGAGAACACAAGUGGGAGCAGCACCCAGGACAGCAGCAACAAGGACCAAAGUGCCAACCCAGGCAGCAGUGACAGGAACGGGGCUGGCACGCAGAGUGGCGAGACCGGUAACAGGGACACCAAUGGGGGCACCAGCCAAGGUGGCAGUGAUGGGCAGCAGASUGAGACCCAGGGCAGUGCAGGUAAUGAGCAACCAUCCAACCAGGACAACGAGAACAACUCCCAGGAGGACCAAAACCCUGUGUCACACUUGGCUCCCUCCUCUGUGGAGGGCGACGGCUUUUUGGAAAAUGAGGAAAACGCUGGAGAGGAGAUGGCAGAGGCUGAGGAGGGCAGUGACACCUCCUUGAAUCAGGACAGUGGGAAAAGCAUUCCCUCUUUGCCCAGGGCCCACUCAGAGAGCAGCCACUUCUUUGCCUACCUGGUGACCACAGCCCUCAUUGUCGCAGCCCUGUACGUGGCCUAUCACAACAAACGAAAGAUCAUUGCUUUUGCUCUGGAAGGAAAAAGAUCAAAAACUGGUCGACGGCCCAAAUCUGGUGAUUAUCAGAGACUGGAUCAAAAGAUYUAGAUUCCUCCUCAGAAGGGCCGGUGAUGGGAAUACUGUGCUGCCACAGUUGGAUUUCAGUCCACRGGAAGGAGAGGAAACGCUUUUUGUUUUGCACCUGCACCUUGAUAAAACCUCUCACUUCCCUAAAUUUCUCCUUUCCCAGCUGCCUUGUUUUCCCCUUGGGUGUCUGGCUGCUGGAAAAGCCAGUCCCAGAACUGCACACCCAGAACUUGUGUGUCCCAAUGCAAUGGAAUUUGCCAUCUGCUGGACUGACCCCUCCUUUUGCGGGGGGAAAUUAAGGAUCUGCUGCACAAUGAGCCAUGGGACUGUCCCUUGCCUGGGCACUGAGCUGCCUUGGUCUCCUCCUCCUCCUUCUCCAUCUGUUGGGUUUGGAUGCUCAAGUUGGGAGCAUGUGAGUUCUCUUGCACUUACUUGGAAUUGAUCCACCACAGAUUUGGRUUUGGGUUUUUUUCUCCCUGAUGAAUUUUCCAGUUUCACAACCAGAUUCCCCUUUUUCACACACACCUUUGGCCAUGCUGAAGCAGUUUUUGCUUACACCCUUUGUGCUCCAUGCAGGUCUUUUCCCUCCCAGUCCUCCCAGUUCAGCUGUUGGCACUGGGGGUGUUGSUUGUGGUGUGGUGCUGUGGAAGAGGGGGUCACACCUGUGCCARGGGGUGCUCUGUGCCUUGUCAGGGAUUCAGGUAGGAAAAUUAUUUCCUCCYCUUGUCAAACAUAGGAAGGAAGGAAUGUAAAUCCCUGAGGAGUUUGGGAUGAGUGAAAUUCCCAUCCUUCAGCCCCCCCAGUUGUGUUGGACUGGUACUGGUUGGACCAAGGGCUGCCAAAGGSGUUGGUGCCCCAGUUACACCUGUGAGGUGAUUUUCAUUCCUACAUUCCACUCCCAAGGGGUUUGUUCAAGCCCGGAUGUUUCUGGAGAGGGCACAAAGUACCUGCUUGGCUCCUACUUUGGAUUUUUCCAGUACAGACAGAAAAAAAUGGGUUUGGGGAACCCAGAGCUCCUCACAUGGCCAUCCAGAUGCACCCAGAUCAGGUGCCAGCUGUAUGCCAGUCCACUUGACACCUGACUGCACGGGAAGAAUCCCAGGAUGGUUAAAUUCCCUUCUGGGGAGCUUUUUUCCAGCCUCCCCAAACUUGGGAAUCGGCUCGUGGUCAUCUUGGACAAGGGUAAAGCCAUUUCCUGGUCACUGUGAAAGCUGCAGCUCUAGUUUUGAUUUUGUAAUGGUUCAUUCCAAGAGGGAAGAGAGGGUUCAACCUCUUCCAAACCCUAAAAUUAUCCUUUCCAGUUCUGCUUGCUCUUGGCAAGAACAAAGAGCCUGAGAGUCCCUCUUGGCUUUAAAGAGUUCUCAAAGUUUCCCUGGGAAACAUCUAGGAUGCCAAAAGUACUUCCAGGAGUUGUUUUGGAGAACAGGAAGUUGGAGGGAARGGAAACAGGACUGGGAAUGUAACCCUUGGGGAAAAGGGUGGGAACCUCCUGCACCAAACCACCUUCUUCAGGGAUUCUGUGGGAUCUGCCAGGCUGGGGGAGCUGCUUUAGGGCUUCUUUAGGGGAGGAGGUCACUGGCUUUUGGCUGGUGACAGCRGGGGGACAAACCCUCUUCCAGUGUGUGGAAUUCCGUGUGCUCCUGGGCUUCUCCGGCCAGGAUUUUGGAGUGUGUGUGCUUUUUGGAGUGUGAGUCCUCUGUGCCUGCUUUGUCCUGGUUUUGUUUGC